UGAACGCAUAAAAUGUUCCAGCAGUAAUUGCCUGCGCUCUUAGUCACAUUUGUCUUUUUCCUUGACUUUCGCCUUUUUGCAUCCAACAGAAAGUAUUUGAAUGUGACAGCUAUUUUGUCUAGCACGUCGGAUAGGAUUUUCCCCCCCGUCUGAUUCGUAUGUACCAUUAAGUGUGGAGACGGGGGUUUCUUUUUGCCGAAACAAAGUAUCAAUUUAAAAACGGAGCAAUCCGGAACAUAACCUGGUACUGCAUCGGAGUCAGGUGAAAUAAACUUGUUUCAGAAGUGAUUUAUUGCUAAGCAUGUGCGAGUCUUUCUUUGAAGUUUGAAAAAGGUUUCGUCAAACUGGGCUGAUACACACCGACAACGAAGCAGGAAUUAAACCCAGUCCCAACAUGGCUGCUGCGGGGACGUUAGGCAAAGUUAAACUCCUUACUUGAGAAGUUUUAUUUGUAAAUCCGUUCAAAGGAGGAGAUCCUUAGGAUACAAAAUUGGGGAGAAAACAGCGUCUGAACACAUCGGCGUGUGCCUCAGAGUUUGGUGGACUGCACCACCAGGAAUAUGCAGAAGAGAGACCGCUGGCUGCCUAGGCUGCUUCCUCCGGUCCUAAACACGCAUCUCCUGCUUCUCCGUGGCUGCGGUGGACUCAGGCUGUAGAUCCCGGUGCCUUUAACCCCAAAAAGCUGUUUAAAUUUUGACUCUUUAAAACCUGCUUCAGUAAAGAUGCAUUUUUCCAUUCCCGAGACUGAGGUACGCUCUGGAGAUAAUGGAUCAACCUACGUGGCGUACAACAUCCACGUCAACGGAGUCCUGCACUGCCGCGUCCGUUACAGUGAGCUCCUUGGGCUGCACGAGCAGAUAAAGAAGGAGUACGGAAACAACGUGGUGCCAAACUUCCCUCCAAAGAAGAUUUUUACCCUCACGCCGGCGGAAGUGGAGCAGAGGCGAGAGCAGCUUGAGAAGUACAUGCAGGCUGUACGCCAGGACCCCGUGCUUGGAGCCAGCGAGUUGUUCAACAGCUUCCUGCGUAAGGCUCAGCAGGAGACGCAGCAGAUUCCCACAGAGGAAGUCCAGCUGGAUGUGUCCCUCUCCAAUGGCCAGAAAGUCACAGUGAAGAUCCUGACAUCGGACCAGACCGAGGAGGUCCUGGAGGCCGUGGCGGCGAAGCUGGACCUUCCGGAUGAACUGGUGGGAUAUUUCAGCCUCUUCCUGGUCCGGGAAACACCAGAUGGCGGCUGCACGUUCAUGCGGAAGCUGCAGGAGUUCGAGCUGCCCUACGUGUCCGUCACCAGCCUGCACAACCCGGAGUUCCAUAUCGUCCUCCGGAAGAGUUACUGGGAUUCAGCCUAUGACAGUGAUGUGAUGGACAACAGAGUCGGCCUCAAUUUGCUAUAUGCUCAGACGGUGUCCGAUAUCGAACGAGGCUGGAUUUUAGUGAAUAAAGACCAUCACCGGCAGCUCAAAUCUCUCCAGGAAAAAGGCUCAAAGAAAGAAUUUAUCCGCCUCGCCCAGACACUAAAGUACUUCGGCUACAUCAAAUUUGACCCCUGCAUCACGGACUUCCCCGAGAAGGGCUGUCAUGUGAUCGUCAGCGCCGGAAACAACGAGCUCAACUUUCACGUCAAGCUGCCCAACGAGCAGGUCAAGGAGGGCAGCUUCAAGGUCACACGCAUGCGGUGCUGGCGUGUCACUUCCUCUCAGGUCCCGAUGGCCAACGGUACCGGCGGUAGCUGUGCACCAGGGAAGUGUGAGAUCAAACUGGAGCUGGCCUUUGAGUACCUGAUGAGCAAAGACCGUCUGCAGUGGGUCACCAUCUCCAGCCCACAGGCUAUCAUGAUGAGCAUCUGUCUGCAGUCCAUGGUUGAUGAGCUGAUGGUAAAGAAAUCUGGGGGCAGUAUCAAAAAGAUGCUGAAGAAGCGACACAACGGGAGCCUCCACCGGUCGGACAGCCAGCAGGCGGUGAAAUCGCCGCCACUGCUGGACUCCCCGGACCCGAGUCGCGAGCAGGUCGUCAAGCUCUCGACCAAGCUGACCUCCGUCACCCUAAGAGGCAUCAGCAGUUCCAGCUCCAGCAAUGACAUCAGCGGCAAUGAUUUCCAUGGCAACUACGCCUUCGAAGGGAUCGGCGAUGACGAUUUGUAGCCUGCGCCGUUUCCGAAACGAGCCGGUGCUGAAGGGCUGGUUGAGGCGGACAUGUAGCCAAAUUCUGCAAGGUUGUAAUCCACCCAUGGGAGCUCUUAGUUAAAUCCUACAUUCGUUGUGCAAUGUUUCAGACUGGAAUUAAUUGCGCUACUUUCAGUUGAUGGCUGUUGUAAAGUACUUUUAUUUUAAUCAGUAUUUUUCUUGUCUGUCUUGUGUCUGAAGAACACAUGCUGGAUUUAACACAUUUGUCUGUUCAGAACAAAUUGGCUGCAUCUUUAGAAGUUGACAGUUAUCGUCAGUCUGGUUUUCUGUCCAUUAAAGCUGUUGUUCUUGAGCGCUGCUUUCCUGAACUGGAACGUUCCUGUGCGUGUAUCCGUACCUUCAUUAUUGGCCACCUUCCGAACGUCACAGAGAAAUGCGUUAAUCGUACGGGGCGUAACGGGGUGUGGUUGAGUGGCUUGAGGUACAAACAUGAUCCAUUUCAUGCCCAGGCUCAACACGGCUUGUUGGGCUCAUUUUCAGCAGCAUCCUCCCACUGCUAACGAAACUUCUCAGGAGAUUAGAUGCGAAACUUUGAGCACGCAGUUCCAGAUACAUGUGGAUUUCUGUUAAAGAGGCCCUUGGCGAAUAGGAUUCAACACUAGUGAAGAACACUGUACAUAGCAUUGCACUUCAAUAAAGAAAAUAACAUUUUCAGCCAGAGGAAUGUGUCAGGAAUGCCGUGAACAUCUCUCCCAAAAUAGGGUUGAUUUCUGUCAAAGUAACAAGAUGAAAAGGUCAGUGUUCAAUUCCACAGCUGUGUGCUAUUCUGCAGCUGGUGGAAUGUUAGCAUCAGAGUUUAACACGGUCCUUCUAUGUUUGCCAUGUGCAUUGUGCCAAACCUCUCCAGGGUCCACUGUACAAUUUGCUUUCUCAUAUGUGGUCUAUACCAUUUAACUGUUGGCGACCGAGCAGUGUCUGUAGUCAAACACAUUACAAGGAAUGUUCUGGAAACCUCAAGCGUAGAUUUUUCCAUCUGACGGUGAAAGUGUUCUUUCUUGCUGCCUUACCAGUAUCAGAAAGCCUUAUUGAGCCUUUUACGUCAGAAACCUCCUUUUUUAAUAUUGGUUAUAACCCAGUUUGGACAGUCUGAGUAAAGUUUCAAACAGUGGGAGUUCAGUAGAUCAUAUCUUGCAGAAUUUGGUGCUGUUAGCUCACCUUUACUUGCAGUUGCCAAACAAAUAAUUUUGCACAGUAUUAAGACCUGAAAGAGGUCAACAUAUUUAUUUAAAAAUAGUAAUGCCAACAAAAUAAAUAAACAAACAAACAAAUGCAAUGUGAAGUAUUGGAAAUGUGUUCUCAAGGUCCACAAUUUCUUUAAUUUUUUUUCAGCUUAUAUAAAGGUCUUCUCAUUAAUGCCAAAAUUAUAGUUUACUACAGCAUUUUGCACAAAAAAACAUUAAAUCAUAGUAUAGUCACUUUUAUAUAUGUAUGUGUAAUUAAAAAGUAUUCUGAACAUUACUAAUCUAUCUUUAAUAGUGCAUUGUAAUCAAAUAGAUUAAAAGUAACCUACAAAAGUAAUAUUGUUUACAAAAUUGUAGCAAUUUGUAGAUGGAAUGAACAAAUGUUUACAAAUUCCAGAAUUUCUUACUAGUAAUAAAAUUAAUUUGGAAAAAAGAGGUUUUGAUUCUGCAUAUGGUUCAGAUUUGUUUUAUUUUGUCUGCAUUUGGUUAGUCUUGCCUUUUUUUGCUGAGGAUUGUGAUGAAAUGAAACCCUUUUUAAUGGCCAAAUUUUAUUUGCGACUGCCUUGAUUGAAUCACAGAAAAAUCGAUGGUGCAGACUUGGCAAAAUGAAAUUUACCUCCAUUCCGCUUGCAUCAUUCCAGACACAAAAUCGAUAAUGAGUCUUGCUUACUGGUUUCGGAAGAGAUCGUGAUUUAAUUAGGCUAAGAACAUGUCAUUUUAGACCCCCUUUUUAGUUGUCAUAGAAGGCUGGCGUAAAGUGAAGUUGUCUUUGUGAUUCUGUGCUGAUUCUGUAAGGUUCACAAUUUGUCUGGAAAAUAAAUGACUAUUGUAUGCAUUUAAGUAUCAUUUAAGUAUGUAGAGCUGUCAUUUUGAUCAUUUUCACCUGUAUGAACAAUAAAUGAGAAUUGCAAAAUCUA